AUGGUCACAAGCCCAUCAACGACUCACAGGAUCAACGCGCUAUCGGCCAGCACGCGAUCUCUGAGAUUGGUUGCGUUCAGAGGGAGAUCGCGGCACACGAGUGGUUUUGGGCCCUACGAGAAGUUCGAGCUGGCACCGCAAGAGCUCAUCGCUUCGACGACACAAACGAAACGCUCGGAACAACAGGACAUGCUACGUCUGCGACAAACAGACGGCUCCGAUGUUUUCCAGUGGGUAGACUCGCGGAUGGACGAUGCGGAAAUCGCGGAGGCAGCUUCGAGGUGCGUUUUGCUGCACGGGCUCUUCGAAGUAUGGGGGCAUGGUCGGAACCGGGAGGACGCCAUCAGGGAUGCAUUCAAGUCGGGUCGCUUUCUUCAGCACGCCGGCAACGCUUCUUGGUCUCUGGGGGUAACACGCUACGGCCGGUCUAACCUCAAUAAAGAAGAACAGCAGGCUCUCGCCGGUGGUCCCGUGGAGACGUUUUUGUCCUCGUUCUUGAAGGGCCCAAGGAUCGAGUUGGUGAAUAGCGAUAUCCGCGUCCGGAUCAUCGAGGAUCUUUGCCCGCCCCCCGCCGAAAAUCUACCGCGAGAUGUCCGAGAACGCGCCGAAGCAUCCGCAGCAGCGAGAAGGAGGAGAGAGAACACGUUUUAUAUCUGUCGGGAGUUGCAACUUGGGGCUGCCGUAGGGGUGGGCGGGACGGUCAUGGCGACGGGAUGCGGGAGGCGCCCAACCAGGGGCGUUUUGGGCGCGUUGGCGCUCAAUCGGCGAAGGUGUCGCGGACCCACGGCAAUCGAGCCAGAGGUGGCGCUGAUUAUGGCGAACCUUGCUAAGGUCCGACCGGGUUCUCGAGUGUUGGACCCAUUCUGCGGAUCGUGCUCCCUCCUGCUGCCGGCGGCGCACAUGGGCGCGAAAACAUGGGGUAGCGACGUGAGUGGCCCGGCUACCGCUAGCGAGGAAGCUGGAGCACUUGUUGGCGGCGACACGGGCGCAGAAGGGGGGGUGCGCCAAGCCGACCGUGAAGACUUCGAACAGAUUUAUCAGGACUUUCAAGCGCUGGGCGUUGCCGCUCCUACGCUUGUUGCGGCAGACGUUGGGGACGAAGAGUCUCCUGUCCGGAGACCCGAGUUUUACGACGCUAUUGUCACCGAUCCACCGUACAACAUUAAGGCCAAAGUCGUCACCACCAGCCUAGCAACAAAGACAUCUGGGCGGCAUGAGGAGGCGGGUUCGGUCUUGCCCGCAGCCGGUAUCGAUUCGACCGCCCAUGCCGCUAGUGAAGCCGGCUCGGAGUGGAAGGCGGGGGGUGGCGCUAGGGCAGAAGCGAGCGCAAAAGAUCUCGUGGGUAAAGUCAUCUGGUCUCUCCUUGCACUAGCGAGGUCAUCUCUCAAGCCCGGCGGACGGUUGUGUUUCUUUCUGCCCUUGAGAGGCGCCGAGGCGCGGCUUGACAGACUGCCGACAGGAUUGCUCGAAAAGAUGAGUCAAGGUGAUCUUGCGGGAGACCCGGCACGCUUGGCGGUGGUGUACACGACGAAGCAGCGCAUGACCAGCCCAAACAUGUGCCGUUGGCUUAUCGUGCUGGAGAAGGAAUUGGAUGGACCGGCACUCGAUGGCGAGAUGGACCAAACUUAG